UUCUUAGAAAAUACAAAUGUCAUUGUCAGUGGAUCCCUUAGGUUUUUUUUAUUUAAAUCGGAGUUUUUUGGAAAUUCUUUGUAAAUAAAUAGUUACAGCUCUGCAGUCGAAAAGUUUUGGUAAAAGUAUACAGGGAAGUCUUUAUUAGAAAAGCUAGUGAUAGCACAAAUAUGAAUAGUAACAAGAUAGCAGUUUGCCAAAUGACCUCUGUAGCUGAUAAAGGAAAGAACUUAAGUGUUGUUAGUAAACUUGUUAAUGAUGCUGCUAAGGACGGAGCACAGAUGAUAUUUUUUCCAGAAGCAUGUGAUUAUAUAUGUGAUAAUAAGAACGAUAUAGUGAAAUUUGCUGAACCAAUAUUGACUGGUGAGAUUGUAAACAAAUACAAACAAUUGGCUGCUAAGUAUAAAGUCUGGUUGUCUAUGGGUGGGGUACAUGAAAAGGAUGAAUCAAAACCCGAUAAAAUGUUCAACACACAUUUGAUUAUAAAUGAUAGUGGAGAUAUAGUGCAAGCUUACAGGAAACUACAUUUGUUUGAUGUUGAGAUACCAGAGAGAAAUGUGAGAUUGAAAGAGAGCGACUUUUCACAUGCUGGAGGACAUGUAGUCACUCCUGUAGAUACACCAGUUGGUAAAAUAGGUAUGGCUAUUUGCUAUGAUAUGCGAUUUCCGGAGCUUAGUACGGCUUUAAGUAUAAUGGGUGCACAAAUGUUGACUUACCCUUCAGCUUUUACCUAUACCACUGGUGAAGCGCAUUGGCACAUUUUACUCAGGAGUAGAGCUAUUGAGAACCAGUGUUACGUGGUGGCAGCAGCCCAAACUGGUCAUCAUAAUGCAAAACGACGUUCUUAUGGACAUGCUUUGUGUGUAAACCCGUGGGGGGAGGUAUUAGCUGACUGCGGUGAAGAGUCGCCCAGUUAUAAAAUUGUUGAUGUGCCUAAUGAAGAGUUAGUCAGAGUGAGGAGGAAUAUGCCUGUUUUUCAACAUAGAAGGCGUGACAUCUACUCUUUAUAUACUCUAAGUUUACGCAAAGAUCUUCUGCCAGUACACAUGCAACAUUCCAGUAUCUCAGAUGCACCACGUGAAAGGCACGAUGGGCCCACACACGUGUUUGGACAGGUCCAAAUUCCGGAUAAAUGUGUAUUUUUUAAAUCUAAAUUGAGUUACGCCUUUGUGAAUUUGAGAUGCGUUAUACCUGGGCACGUUUUGGUUGCGCCACUGAGAUUGGCGGAAAGAAACGAGGACUUAUCAGAAGAAGAAGCCGAUGACUUUUACAGAACUAUAAGAUUGGUUCAAAAGUUGAUGGAGAAAGUCCAUGGCACGCGGUCUUGUACAGUAACCAUACAAGAUGGUCCAGACGCAGGACAAACCAUUAAGCAUUUGCACUGUCACAUAAUGCCUAGAAAGAAGGGGGACUUUAUAGAAAAUGAUUUAAUAUACCUGGAAUUGGCUAAACACGAUCAGUUAAAAUCUGGCCAUCCAUCGAAACCAGCCAGGACUUUACAGGAGAUGGAGACCGAAGCGGACUUUUUGAGAAAAGAAAUCCAGAAAAUGCUACAGAGUGAUAAUGAUCUUAACAGAUAAAAGCUUAGCUUUAGCUUUAGUUUAUAAUAUAAAAAUAAUUCUUUAGGACUCGCAGUGAUACUAUGAAAUGAUAAUAUUGUAAAUAUUAUUGUAACUAAUUAAAGUUGAAAGUU